AUGUCAAAGAGAGGCCCGUGCUGCAGCAGGGGGGGCGUAAAUAAAAUAUAAACAACAGUUUAUUGCUUUAUUUUCAGAUAAUGUAUUUUCCUUUCUUAUUUAACAAGUGUCAUAUACAAUACUAGCAUCAGAAACCGACGCGUAUCUGACCAGCUCUGUCAACAAUUUGCAGUCUUGAUCAUUCUCGUCUCGCAUAACAAUCCUUGCCAAACAUGAGGGAGAAAAUAAUGCUCCUGUUGCUGAUGUCCAUCCAACCUACGAGCUCUCUCUCCACCAUGACACCCAGCAGAGGACUUUGGGAUUGACGCUGGGAUCACUCCCACUGAUGGCCUGGACUGGGUUUCAGCUGUCCUGCUGAGCAAUGGGGAGCUGCUGGAGCUGUCUAUACAGAGACCCCAUACAAGACAACCAUCUCACUAAAUUCAAGGUGACCAAUGUGGAUGAUGAGGGGAAUGAGUUGGGUUCUGGGACCAUGGAGCUCACCCAGACCGAGCUCAUCCUGCACACACGCAAGAGGGACGCCAUCCGGUGGCCCUACCUAUGUCUGCGGCGCUAUGGCUACGACUCCAACCUCUUCUCAUUCGAGAGUGGCCGGCGCUGUCAGACUGGACAGGGGAUCUUUGCAUUUAAAUGUUCUCGUGCGGAGGAGAUUUUCAACCUCCUCCAGGAGCUGAUGCAGUGCAACAGUAUCAAUGUGGUGGAGGAGCCUAUGAUCAUGACCGGCAGUGGACACGCACGAGAGAUAGACAUGCCUCGAACACCACAGACACCCAACACUCCAUCAUUCCCCGUCCAGGGUUUUCCCAAUGGGUAUCCGGGGUAUCCCAUGAGAGCUGAAUCCUCCCAGCCCUCUCUAACUGACGAUCCCCAUGGCCACAGCCUCAUGGGCCUGGAUGACCAGGUUCACACCUAUAUGAAUACUGUUACUGUGGAUGGGGAACUCUCCAGUCGACACUGUGUACACUCUCUACCUGAGGUGCGGCCCACCUCCUUCAAUGAGUCAACCCGAGGAGCCAUCCCUGUCGGGGGCCAAGGAGGUGGGAAGGCCAGCAUGCACUGCUGCCCACUGGAGGAACAACGCAAGGAACCCCAGGUAUUUCUCCAGCCCUCCUCUCAGGAGGUCAAAUUCAUGCUGGGACCCACCCCUGCACAGCGCCACCUGCUAGAGAGGGAGAGGCACGGGGGCCACAAUCCCCAUCUCAUGCUGCCUGUAGAGGGCACCACAGGCUCAGAGGCAGAGGGGGAUGAGCCUCCUCUGCACUUGUGCAACUCCCACUCCUACCACCACCCUCACUAUCACCAUGUGAUGCACCGGCACCCUGGCAAUGAGCACCAGGAGGGCUGCCAGGGCAGCCAGCUCACCUAUGAGAACAUCAACGGCCUGAGAGGGGGGCGCCGGAUGAGACUCAGCCCCAGCAGCGUGUCCCAGUCUGUGGGCUCCAGCAGCAGCAGUAGCACCACCGGAGACAGUCACGCACAAUCACACCCACACCCCCUCCAACCGCACCCCCACGGCCCAUCCUCUCUGCCACCUCAGGGGUACCCCUGUGAGCGGGGCGUAGGGAUGGGCGGAGGUCACCGGCGGACAGCUCUGCUCAACUACGAGAACCUGCCGUCGCUGCCACCGGUGUGGGAGUACCGCGCCCUGCAUAGAGACGAGGAGCAGGAUGAGGAUGACGAGGAACAGGAUGAGGAGGAGUACGACGAAGAGGAAGAGGAUUUUGACGAGUACGAGUUUUCAGAGGGUCCUGGGACACCCAACGGGUACCACCAGGACGGGCUGGGGAGGGGGGGGAUCCACCGUGACGCCCUGCAGAACUAUGUCAACACAGAGCACGUCCAGCCCAGCCGGCUGCGACAUGCCUGCCCCCCUCACCUCCAGACCUGCCACCCCCAGUUGGACCGUGGCGGACGAAUAUUCAGCUUUGAUUUCCGUAGGCGGCCGGGAGGAGGGUUUGGUCGGGGAGAGGGCUGUGAACACGGUCAUAUGACCCCAUCGAGGCAGCUCAACUAUAUCCAGGUGGACCUCAAUGCAGAACUGCCAUGCCAGGCCCUCGGUGGGGGUGGAGGGGAAGCCCAAUCUCAGCACCAGCCACAGCACCAGCGCCUGCCACCCCUCAAAUGUGGCCCCCAGCAGGCCCCACGGCGCAGUGAGUUCUACGCUGUGAUCGACCUGAAGAAGACAGCAGCCAUGUCCAACUUGCAGAAAGCCCUCCCCCGGGACGAUGGGACAUCGAGAAAGACUCGCCACAACAGCACAGACCUGCCUCUGUAGACGCAGUGAGGAGGAGGAGACAGAAAAAUGAAGGGAGGGAGAAGAGAGAGAAACAGGCUUGGUUGGACAGACUGGUAUAAGUAACUCAGCAGCACACUGAACCCCUCACUAUCAUCCAGCCAUCCGACUGUCUUUUCUGUCCUUUUCUGUCCUGUUCUGUCCUGACCUGACCAGUUGGAUCAUAUACAGGUACCUAAUUAGAAAACGAAUUGAAACCUAUCCGUACAUAUUCCACUUGAUGGAGCGAGAUUGGUUUGAAGUUGCAAUAUUAUUAUGGGUCACUUUCUGACUGUGAUGAGAUGCUGUCUGAGUUAGCAGCAGAAACCUUGGUCGUGAUCUGCUGGGUUUAUAGUUAAAGCCUUUAGCUGCCAUUGUUUUUUGGUCCUCAUUCCAUUAUCAUUCAGUGUUGUUGUUUUAUUUAUUUUACGUCCCUGUUUACGAACAUGGACUACUAUCGAGUACAGGUUUACUAGUCCACAUUGUUAAAUUGACAGAACAUUUUCUGAUAUGAAAAAUAGUUUAUUAUUCCCUCAAUUGUAUUCUAAUAAUGUGCGUUCUUCACCUCACAAGCACUUCUUUUGGCCCAGUGACUGAUAGAAAGGACAGAUGAUGAUAUAUAUUUAUAACUAUCUGCCUUCAGGAAUUAGUACAGAUCAGUACAGUUUGCACAUAAUCCUUUGGAAUUGUAAAAUCGUACAUCCUAUCGAGUAUUAUAUUUUGAGUCUAAAAAAGACCUCACAGCAGAUUUUUUUUUUUUAUGUAUCAAUUUUCUCUCUCCUCAAGAUUAAAUAUACAUUUUUCACGUUGAAAUUGUAUUUAAAAUGGAAAUAAUAGUUGUCCUUCAUAUAAUGAUAGUGUGUUGAUAGACGUUCUGCAUCCUCUACUGCCCCCCUACACACAGAUUAUUGAAUUGACCUCUGACCACAUAUCAUUCCCACUUGAAUAAGGAAUCCAUAUCUAAUUUCUAAACUAUGCUUACCUUUGCACUUUUUACCUUCGGGGUCAGACACUGGCCACUGAUGUCCCCACAGUUCAGAAUCCCUCUGCUCUGGAGUAACAGUAAGGUUGUGCUUUGACAAACUCCUUAGAGAUGGCGAUGUCAUCACACAUGCCCAAACUAUGUAUGAAUGUUGUGGUUUUUGCAACAUUAUAGAGACCAAUAGCAACUGGAAUUUUUCAGAGCAGAAUUUGGUAAUGGCUUGAUAAUAACCUCACAUAAAAAAUAGGUCUUCUUGUUUACUAUUUUAUUAAGUAUCAGAUUGGUAACUGAGGGUCUGAGGGGAAUAUAUCACUAUGUGUAAUGUUAGCUAUUUAUGGAAAGUCUAUCAGUGAACAUUUGACUGGGGAUAUUAUUUUAUUUAUUUAUUCAUCGAGAUAUCUAUAUUGUGAUUGUUUUGCAAAAAAAUGUGACGACCAGUUUUUCAUAAUCCAGUCAGUUGGUGAUUUGGAGACCAAAGUAUCACCAGUCAUCAGCAGACUGUCUGUGACACCAUUGUAAUACCAUUGUUAUGCCUGUAAUUAAUAACAAUACAUUCUGAAGAAGACUGUAUUAACAUAUUGAAGUGCCAAAUCUUUACUGUUACCUGUAUGAACAUUAUGAAUCAAAUCAAUGUUCCAUUAGGAUUUGUAGAAGAAAACUUGAGGGCUAAGAGGCAAGAAGGAGUUAGCCUAAAUGUCAAAAACAAAAGAAAAGUUGGAGUUCAAGGGCCAGUUUAUUAGGUACAUCUAUCUAGUACCGGGCUUGAACCCCCUUUGCCUCCAGAACAGCCUGAAUUCUUCUGGGAAUGGAAACGUUGCUCAAUUGGUAUCAAGGGAUUUUGCAUGACGCAAAAGGAACCGGGAUUUGUGGGAUCAGGCGUAAAAAAAUAAAAUAUAUAAUACCUCCUCAAUUUUCCAGUGUGCCCACCGGGGACGCUUCUUCUUGUUUUUUCUUCUUGUUUUUAGCUGAUAGGGAUGGAACCCGGUUUGGUCGUCUGCUGCAAUGGCUCAUCCGUGACAAGGGCCGAUGAGUUGUGCGUUCCGAGAUGCCGUUCUGAACACCACUGUUGUACUGCCCUGUUAUUUGCCUAUUUGUGGCUCCGCCUGUUAGCUUGCACGACUCUUGCCAUUCUCCUUUAACCUCUCAUCAACGAGCUGUUUUCACCCACAGGACUGCCACUGACUAUAGAUGUUUUUUGUUUUUCGCACCAUUCUCGAUAAACCUUAGACACUGUCGUGCAUGAAAAGCCCAGGAGGCCGGCCGUUUCGAUCAUAUCACGCUGAAAGUUGCUUAGGUCACUCGUUUUGCCCAAUUCUAACAUUCAAUUGAACAGUAACUAGAUGCCUGUCUGUCUGCCUGCCUUAUAUAGCAAGCCACGGCCACGUGACUCACUGUCUGUAGGAGCGAACCAUUUUCGUGAACGGUGUGGUGUACCUAAUAAACUGGCUCUGGGUGUAUGUAUCAAGAGUAGGAGUGCUGUUCUAGGAUCAGGUCUCCCCUGUCAAUGUAACCGUAUUCGUUGUGAUCUAAAACGCAGCGUUCCUACUCUGUGAUUCUUGAUAGCUAUGGCCACAGGGUUUAAAUUGUUAACCCUGUGUACUCCUCCUUAUGAAUCUCUCUAGCUGAUUCUUAACUGGGCAAGAAAGACACAUUUCACCUCAUAGGCUAGGUUAUACAUCGACAGCCAUAUUAGAGUGAGACAAAGGAUUGGUUGGAUCUAUCCAGUCAUCACAACUCUGCUGGUUUUAUGCUGCUAUAAACAUAUUGAGACGGUAUUUGUCACAGAAGUUCAGACCGUAAGAAGAGGUCGGGCGGUAGUGGCUGUGGAGGAUUGUACACCAUAUUGUUUAGUAUGUGGAAAUACCAUUAUCUUAUUCUUCACUCAAGAUCACUGCAUAUGGGCUACUGGUAUGGAAAGAAACGUGUUUUUAAUUCAAGGAAGUUGUCAUUUCUCAUUUCCAUUUCUUAUUUCUCCUCAUUGGUGUGAUAAUCAUCCUACCAAACCUUGUUUUCAUUACGAUCUGGCUGUCUAAUCUGUAGUAAAGUGGCUGAAGGUGCAGCACAGGCCUAGCAACUAUAAUCCACAUAACUGUAUUUCAUCUGAUGGAAAAAGAUAUGUAGGUCGACUCACUGUGGGCAUUUUUCAGACAGGGAUAUAUCCAUUUGUACACAUCUUUUCAUGGUACAUUUUAAAGGGUGUUUACAUUUCGCAAUAAUGGUUUAAUAGAGUUGUAUUGAUUGAGAUGAGGUUUAUUCAGUCCAAUGUGUGUGAGGUUUGAGGUGUGUUGUUGAUGGAUCUGCAGGUCUGUUGUACUUGAUCCCUAUUUUUAUGUGAAUCGACAUUGUAACUAAGACCUUCCUCUGUCAGGCCCCCUGUUGAUAAUAAUACAGCUUUAUUGUAUACAUGCUUAAAUUAGAAUGUGGAAAAAUGCAUGUUUCUGUUUUCUUGAUUGUCUUAUAUACAGCAGAUGUGCGCUUAUUUUACACCUGACUUAACUGUGCCAUAAGGGACUGUUGCCAAGCUUUCUGCUAGAUGUGUGUGGUGGCUCUUGAAUGUUGAACCCUUUUAAGGGGCCAGGUUAGGUAUCAGGAGGCGUAUGGCCAAGAUAUCUGUGUACUGUAUUUGACUGUUGAUCUAGGCCCAUUCAUUAGUCAGUCAUUGUUAUCAAUUUGGUACACAGGAAUAGUACCUUAAGAUGUGGAAGUGUACCCUACACUAAAGUCAUACUGUAUCUUGUUAUAUCAAUGUUGUCACAUUGAUGUACCUUCAAAAUGAGAGAAAAGAUUAAGGAUUGGCCAGUAGUGCUAAGCGAUUAGUCGACAUUUCGGGUUUAUGUUAAGUUUUUAAUUAACAACAUAGGCUCAAUUAUUUUAAUUCCAUUUUGUAAAUAUUUUUUCUUGCUCUUACCAGAGAAAGAUGCCAAAGCGAGAGGUUUCACUGUCGCCAAAAUAUGUCCAACAUAAGCCCAAUUCCUUUCUAUGGCCUUAUUUAGGACUUAAGCUUGUCGCCUGCCUUACGGGUUUUGGGACAACGACACCCAUUGUUAGUGCGGAGACUUCAUUACGUAUUGAUCUCUGGCUCAACUUGGGGUUUGUCUUCAGAGAUCAAGUAUGAACUGUGGGACGUUGCAGGGAGGGGGUAAAUAACUACAAUGACCAGAAUCCUUUGCGCCUUCAACGGCCUGUUCACAUUGGUUCAAGCCUGUGGGACCGGCAGAAUUAGAAGGAAGAGAAAGACAGAAGUUCAUAGAACGCUUCACGAAUGAGGGAACAGUUGUUUAGGUAUCUACCCGACCGACAAUUAAUCGAAUCAAUUGAUAGUUGUUAUUCAUCAGUCUUAAAAGUGUGCCUUAUCUACUUUGAAGAACUACUAGGCUGCUAGCCUAAAUAAGAUGACUCUUUGGGGAGCACAGAGAUAGAUGGAUAGAUGGCUGGCUGGCUGGCUGGC